GUAAAACCCUCCCAAACCUCCCACCGCCGCCUCACGCUUCCCGCCGGUGCCUCCUCGCCCAUCUGAUCUCAACCUCCUCCUCUGCCGAUGGCCGGAAAGUCUCACCCUAAUCGCACCGGCGGCGAUCCACCCUCGCGCGGCCGCGACCGCGGUAGCCUUACCCCCCGCCUCGGUUUCUCAGCACGGGCAAGAGCAAGCACUCAGAGUGUGACGAUACGGCCGUCGUCGUUUCCUCGCGCGGCGGCGGCCGCCUUGCCUCUCCGCCUCGCUUCCCCGGCACGGGCAAGGGCAAGCACUCCGUUACAGACUGUGGCGAGACGGCCGGCGCCGCCUUCUCGCGCGGCCGUGGAGGCCCUCCCCCCUUUCCUCCCUUCGUCGACAAGGGGAAAAAGGUCGCCUCGGAGCAGGCCAUUGAGAGACCGAUGUCUUCCACGGCAUUCAUGAAGGACGCACGUCGGGGAUUUAUGGCAGAUGCCCGCCGGGCUGCACAGACCCGCACCUCUCCUCGGCCUCUCCCUUCCUCGUGCCCUCCUGCAUUGGGGAACAGAUCUGACAGGGGCGAUACUAGGAUGAACUUCACUAUGAAACCUUUAGGAUCUACAAUCAAGAAGCCCUUCAUCCUGGACAUGAAAGUCUAUUCAAAACUAGAACAUCAUCAGAAGGAAGGGUUGAAGUGGUUGUGGAGAAUUCAUUGCUGUGGAAAGGGUGGUUUAUUGGCGGAUGACAUGGGGCUGGGCAAAACCUUCCAGAUAUUAGCCUUUAUAGCAGGUCUGAUUCAAUCAAAUUUGAUGAGAAGGGUAAUUAUUGCUGUUCCUACCAUGAUACUCGAUCAAUGGGUUACAGAAAUGGAAGAAGUCGGCCUUAAAAACUAUAUAUACAUCUUCAAGGAUAUAAAAACAAGAAAUAUGGAGCUUAUGAAGGUUUGUCAGACUGGAGGUAUUCUGAUUACUACACAUACUCUGGCGACUAAUAACUGGUCAAUGUUAAAUAUUUCAUGGGAUUACUUGUUCAUCGAUGAGGCUCAUUUGACUUGAGAAAAAUCCAAUUUCUUUACAGCGGUGUUUGAACACAAUGGCAUAUUUUGUGGGCUGGAUGAUAGAAGGACAUUUUGGGGAAGCACUCAAGAGGAGUAUGACAAUUGUGAUGCGAACACAUGGUCUAGGGAUGUGAUUAAUUGCAUAUUGCAGCAUUUGGGAUAUGACAUUACUAGUCCUGAGCUACAAGUGUAUUGGUUAUUACCUGGGAAGGACAUCCUAGAUGGCAUGGUUUGUUUAGAUAAUGAAGAAGCAAUUGCUUCAAUGGCAAGGGCUGGCAGAGAAAACAGAAGUUUGCAUGUUAUAGUAGAUGAGAGAAAUCAUGUGAAAUCAGAAUGGGAUGAUCUCAUAUAUAGAGGCUGCCUUGAGCUGCCAAGGGUAAUGACUCAAAGGAAAAUGCCAAGUGGAUUUAGGCCCGGAGAAGGCACUUCUGAGAGCACUAGUUCAUGUAUGAUGCUGGUGAAUGAAGCAGAACCACAUAGUUAUGUCCAUCGAGAACAUGAAGAGGAAGCCGAGAAAGGGCAUGGAGAGGCAACAGAGGAUGAGCAUGGAGAGAGAGUAGAGGACGAGCAUGUAGAGGCAACAGAGGAUGAGCAUGAAGAUGGAGCAGAGGAUGAGCAUGCAGAUGGAUCAGAGGAAGAGCAUGGAGAGGACAGUGGCACAGAUGAAGAUUUUUAUGAAAGUGAUUAUGAUGUUCCUGAUGGGGAUGAUGAUCUAUUUGUUCAGAAUGUUGAUGAGAGUGUGAAUGACCACAAUGAGCAGAAGGAAUACAUAGAUGAUGAAGAUCCAGUGGAAGAUGAUGAUGAUCUAAACUUGUCUAAGAAAGAGCUAGAAAGGUUGAAGUACUCUUUCAAGGCAUUUAAUCCAUAGGUGGACCUAAAUAAUCCAAUUUUCAGAGUUGGACAAGUGUAUGGUGAAAUGAAAGAGCUUAGAGCUGCUUUGGUUGCAUACAGUGUGAGAAACAGGGUUAAGAUUAACAAAGGAAGAAAUGAAGCAACGAGGUUGAAUGCAUCUUGCUCUGCUGGAUGCCCCUGGCUUUUGAAGGCGUCUAAGGACAACAGAACAGGAAGCAUUGUAAUUAAGAGAUACAAUUGCAAUCACACAUGUCAGAAAUCUUGGGAUGCAAAGUGUUUGUCAGUUAAAUUUCUUACCGGUAAGUUCAUUGAGGAGUUCAGAGACAACCAAAAGAUGGACUUGGUGACCUUUGGUAACAAAGUUCAGAGAGAAUUCAAGGUCAGACCUCAUAAAGUCAAAUUAGGAAGGGCAAGGAGAGCUGCACUUGAUUUGAUACAUGGAGAUGAAGCAGCUCAGUAUCAACAGCUAUGGAAUUAUGGUAAAGAGCUGAGGAGGAGCAAUCCUGGCAGUACCUUCCUUGUUAGCACAACUCUUGUUAAGGAGAAUGAAAAUGAGGACCCAAAGGAUCAUUUGUCAUCGUUGUAUUGGUCAUAUGAUGCUUGCAAGAGAGGUUUCUUAAAUGGAUGUAGGCCCAUCAUUUUUAUCGAUGGAUGCCACUUGGAAAGUAGGUACAAAGGCCAGUUACUUACUGCUGUUGGCAUAGACCCAAACGACUGCAUUUAUCCCAUUGCAAUGGGAAUGGUUGAAGUAGAAUCAAAAUUCUCCUGGGAGUGGUUUCUCACUACAUUAAAGCAUGACUUGAACAUAGUGAACACCUCCCCAUUCACUAUAAUGAGUGACAAACAAAAGGGCUUAAUAAAUGCAGUUGGAAAGGUGUUUCCAGACUCAGAGCACAGAUUUUGUGUUAGACAUUUAUAUCAAAACUUUCAUAUGCAUUUCAAAGGAGAGACAUUGAAAAACCAUUUGUGGGCAAUUGCAAGAUCAACAAAUAUCACAAAGUGGAUGUUGAACAGAGAAGCAAUGAGAGAGGAUUGCCCUAGUCCUGUUGCUUGGUUGGAGAAUAAACCUGAAAACCAAUGGGUGAAAGCAUUUUUCAGUGAUUUCCCCAAAUGUGACAUCCUAUUGAACAAUAUGUCAGAAGUGUACAAUAGCUACAUAUUGGAAGCAAGGGAGUUCCCUGUGAUUUCAAUGAUGGAAUGUAUAAAGGGUAAGAUUACUGCUAGACAUGAGAGCAAGCAGAGAGAGGCAAGAAACAAAUGGACUGGUAAGAUAUGCCCAAAGAUCAAGAAGAAAUUAGAGAAGGAGAUAGAACUGUCUGCAAGUUGUUUUCCUAGUCACUCUGGUUUGGGAGUAUAUUCUGUGAUAUCAAGAAACUUUACAUACCUUGUGGAUAUUCCAGCAAGGACAUGUGAUUGCAAAAGAUGGCAACUUAGUGGCAUUCCUUGCAGCCACUCUAUUGCGUGCUUUAGGGAAGAGAGGAUAGAUACAGAAGAAAUGGUUCACAAGUGCUACACAAUAGAGACAUACCUGCUAGCAUAUGGGCACAAUAUAAUGCCUAUGAGAGAUAGGGCUCACUGGGAGCAAGUUAAUGGAAUUGUCGUUCAUCCACCGAUUUACAAGAAAAAGAUGGGAAGGCCACCAAAGAACAGGAAAAGAACACCUGAAGAAAAGCUUCAGAAGGAUGGCAGCAUUGCACUGAACAAGAAAGGUGUGAGCAUGCAUUGUUCAAUUUGUGGAAAAGCAGAUCACAACAAGAAGGGCCAUCAGAAAUUCAUGGAGAGGGAGAGUGAGAGGGAAGCAAAUGAGAUGGAAGAAGAAAUAGAAGAUCCUUCCAUUUUAAAUGACAUCAGGACACACAUGGAGGACACAAGGCUAGAUCCUAUGCAUGUGCCUUUCAGCAUGGUACAUAUAAUGAGGCAAGAGGAGAGAAUCCAUGUUUCAAAUGUCAAACCACCUGGUCCUUUGCCAGAUAUAUCUAGAUUUGUUGCUGAUGCCAGGGACUCCAUUCCUGAGAGAAGAACAAUUACUACUGCUACAACCAGAGGAAGGAAUAGGGGAAAAGGCAAAGGGAGGCCACUAGAUGAUGAAGAAACCAUUGGUGCUACAAGCAGAGGAAAAAACAAGAGACAGAAAGCAGGUACUAGCACAUACCCAGGUGAUGGAAGCAAUCGUGCAAGAGGGCCCAACAAUGCAACAAGAGGAGGUUCAAUAGCUGCAAGAGGUGGCCGGAGUGGUGGUGCAAGAAGGGGAGCAAAUGCUACAAUAGGUGGAGGAAAUGCAACAAUAGGAGGAGCAAAUGCUGUUGGAAGAGGGGGAACAAAUGCUACAAGAGGUGGACGAAGUGGUGCUGGAAGAGGGGAAGCUAAUGCUGCACGAGGUGGAGGAAAUGCUGCUGGAAGAGGAGGUGGUGCUGAUGGAAGUGGUGGAACAGUUGGUGGAAGGGGCUGGUGCUAUCUUUUGCUUGGAGAAGAUGGAGAAAGGAGAGAUGCAUCUGUUCCAGACCUAAAUGCUGCUGCAAUCCCUGACCUCAAUGCUCGAGAAGAGAUCAUUGUGACCCAAAAUGCGCCUACGGGUCCUUUCUAAAGUGGGAUGUUAGCAAAGUUCAUCGAUGAGCUAGCUAAUCAUGUCGUAGUUCAUGUCUGAACUUUGUAGGUACUUUAUUUUGUAAGGUUCUAAAAACCUGAAUGUUGCUGCAUUGGUACUGCUAUGUUAUGGACCUGCUAUGUUCAAAAUGCAUAUAUGCAUGUUCUGAA